GCUCGGAGGUCCCGGGGGUCGGGGCGGGACUCGGGCACGUCCGCGCCCGGCUCUCUGCUGGCGCGGACCGCACGGCGCCCCAAGACCGGGGAGGGGCCGCUAUCGGCGUCCCUGCCCCGGCCGGCGUGGCUGCUUCCGCGGUUGGUCCAGACUUUCUCCUAACUCGGAGUGAGAACCAGGCGCUCUCUUCAACUCGGCUUUGGCGAGAGCGGGGUCGGGGGAGUUAGGCGGAGAGAGAGGGUGGAGCUUCUUCUUAGGCGGUGGGUGCGGAGAGCUGGAGGCGGGAAGUUGGUCUCCAGACGCCCGCGGGCUGCGCGGUGGUUCGGGCCUGGGAGUCCUGGGGCCGCUGGGGAGGGGCGGACCGGGAGGGUGGGCUGCGCUGCCCUCGUGCCCGCUCCGUGGCCAGUGGCCUGGCUCGUGUUAGGCCCCUCGGUGCCGGUGUGUCGCUGGAAAGUCCUGUUGAGCACUUCAUCACAGCCCUAGAACGUUACCCAGAAGCAGAAGGUACACCCGUGGCGGGGACCGGCCCUGAGAGGGCCUGCCGCUCCCCCUUAGGAAGUGACUGAAGACCUUCCCCAUCUUUCUACACAUAGCAUUCUCAACGGAAGGAGUAUUUGCGGGUACAUAAAAUUAACUCUUUGUUUCUUAAGAAGUGAUGCCACCAAGAAGAAAUGAGAAAUACAAACUUCCAGUUCCACUUCCAGAAGGCAAGGUUCUGGAUGAUACAGAAGGAAAACAAUGGGUGCUGGGCAAGAUGAUUGGCUCUGGAGGAUUUGGAUUGAUAUAUUUAGCUUUUCCCACAAAUAAACCAGACAGAGAUGCAAAACAUGUAAUAAAAGUGGAAUAUCAGGAAAAUGGCCCAUUAUUUUCAGAACUUAAAUUUUAUCAGAGAGCUGCAAAAAAAGACUGUAUCAAAAAGUGGAUAGAACUCAAACAACUUGAUUAUUUAGGAAUUCCUCUCUUUUAUGGAUCUGGUCUGACUGAAUUCAAGGGAAGAAGUUACAGAUUUAUGAUAAUGGAAAGACUAGGAAUAGAUUUACAGAAGAUCUCAGAUCAGAAUGGUACUUUUAAAAAGUCAACUGUCCUGCAGCUGGGUAUCCGAAUGUUGGAUGUACUAGAAUAUAUACAUGAAAAUGAAUAUGUUCAUGGUGAUAUAAAAGCAGCAAAUCUACUUUUGGGUUACAAAAACCCAAAUCGGGUUUAUCUUGCAGAUUAUGGACUUUCCUACAGAUAUUGUCCCAAUGGGAACCACAAACAGUAUCAGGAAAAUCCUAGAAAAGGCCAUAAUGGGACAAUAGAGUUUACCAGCUUGGAUGCCCACAAGGGAGUAGCCCUGUCCAGACGAAGUGACGUUGAAAUCCUUGGCUACUGCAUGCUGCGGUGGUUGUGUGGGAAACUUCCCUGGGAACAGAACCUGAAGGACCCUGUGGCUGUCCAGACUGCUAAAACAAACCUCUUGGAUGAGCUCCCUGAGUCAGUGCUUAAAUGGGCUCCUUCUGGAAACAGUUGCUGUGAAAUAGCCCAAUUUUUGGAACAUGUUCAUAGUUUAGCCUAUGAUGAAAAGCCAAACUAUAAAAUGCUCAAGAAAAUUCUGAACCCAAGUGGAAUACCCUUAGGACCACUGGAAUUCUCUAGUAAAGGACAGAGUGUAAAUGUGUAUACUGCAAUCAGUCAAAAACACCAAGAAAGUUUGUUGAAAGUUCUUUUGACCUAUUACUUCUUAGAGAAAUUCUGUGGACUACUGUGUACUAUUAAAAAAAAAAAAAAAAGCAGUCACUGGUAUCAUGGAGAUAUAACUAAGACUGAUUCACAAAAGGCUGCAACAAAGCAAGUCAAUCAGAUGCAAAAUAGCUUAAUAGAAAAAAAAGUCCAUGGUGUGAGAAGUGCUGAAUCCUGUGCAACAUGGAGAAAAGUGCAAAAAGAAGAGAAGCUGAUUGGAUCAAUGAACUAUGAAGCAGCUCAGGAAAGCACAACGAAAAGACAAAAGUAUCCUGAGUCUCAAGAACUUCGGAAUGAAGUAAAGAGUUUCCCACAAAAAUACAGCUAUACGCAAUUCCCAAAUUCAUUUUAUGAACCCCAUCAAGAUUUUACCACUCCAGAUGAACUCAAUAAGUCAAGAUCUCUAUCUUUGUAUACAUAUAGUUCCACAACUGGUAUGGGGGUCACAGACUUAGAAAGUUGCACAGGAUGGUGGUCUGCAAUUUCCCAGUUUACUCUUAGUGAAGAGACAAAGGCAGAUAUGUGUUAUUAUGGCCCCAUCAUAUUUUUCCUUUCGAUGUUAAUAGUUCUUGUUUUAUAUUUUCUCUGAAGAUGCCAAAUAAAAUCCUUUUGAUAAUUUUCAAAAAAUGUUACAUUCUUAUUUCAGGGUUUCCUCCCAGACAUUUUCAA